UGCCAGUCAUACAGUGAGCAGUCAUCAACAAUACAUGAUGACAAGCAAAGAUGUAGGGAUUGACGUGUUAUCCACUUUGGGAGCCGUGUUCUGGUCCAUACAACUAAUCCCUCAAAUAUACAUAAAUUGGAAACGAAAGACCGGAGAUGGUUCACAGCCAAGUAUGAUGAUCGCAUGGUCAUUGGCAGGGCUGCCUUUAGGAAUACAUAACAUUCUAAGCAAACAACCGAUCGCACUUCAGGUACAAGCAGAAAUAUUAACAAGCUUAAGUCUUUUGACAUGGGCACAAGUUAUGUUUUAUGAUCAUAAAUGGUCAAUCAAAAAGUGUGUAUGCACUUUGUCCGUUUUGGCAGCCUUUUUUGCGGCUAUUCAAUGUGCUUUUGUGUUUGGAUUCAGAUAUGGUGAUACAUCGGAAAAGGAUAAGCAAAGGACGAUCUUGGCAAUGGCCAUCUUGGCUGCCUUGGGAUUGUCAUUUGGCGUUUUGCGGCACUACUAUGACAUUUAUCUUCACAAGACCGUUCGUGGAAUUGCUUGGGCAUUUGUAGCUUUGGAUGCGGCCGGAGAUUUGACUUCAUUGUUGGCCGUCACGAUCAAAUCACCAGCAGAUCGUAUUGCUGCUGGAAUAUAUGCUUCCGAAUUGGGCUUAUGGAUCGGGAUCAUACUUGCAGGCUUAGUAAUCAAUGCGAGGUAUUACAUUCAAGCAAGGCGUCAAAUUAUCCCAUCCAAUGAUUUACCUGAAAUCAACGAUGCAAGGGAAGAAGUAGCACAAGAAAAUCAACUGGAACGACAAUCAUCUGUUUCAUCAGCAUUCAGUCGAAUCAUUCCAAAUACCCAAAUGGGAUCAUCAUGGCUCAUGAGACGAACAAGACGUCAGCAGCAGGUGGCAUAGAGAAUAUCAUUGUAACUUUAGAGUGUUUUAUAUAGAUGUAAGAAUUGAAAUGGUGA